CACCACUCGUGGCAUCAGUGAGACCCACAGGUUGCGCGUCGCUCGCACGCCGGCACCCAUCCCCGCACAGGGUGGAUUCUUCUUUUCCUUAAAACAAACAAAAAACUUGGAUCCACCAUGAUCAAGAAGAUGACACCCUCCGAGAACGAGUUCAACAUCCCGGCCAAGAACUGCCGCAGGAUGGUCGUCCUCGGCUCCACCAAAGUGGGGAAGACGGCCGUCAUCUCGCGCUUUUUGAACGCGCGGGUGGACGAGCAGUACACGCCGACGAUCGAGGACUUCCACAGGAAGUUCUACAGCAUCCGAGGGAGCGUUUACCAGCUGGACAUUUUGGACACGUCCGGGAACCAUCCAUUCCCAGCCAUGAGGAGGCUCUCCAUCCUUACAGGCGACGUUUUCAUUUUGGUGUUCAGCCUGGACAACAGAGACUCCUUCCAGGAGGUGCAGCGCCUCAAGCGGCAGAUCUACGAGACCAAGUCGUGCCUGAGGAACAAGACCAAGGAGAGCGCCGACGUGCCGCUCGUCAUCUGCGGCAACAAGUGCGACCGCGAGUUCCAGCGCCAGGUGCAGGAAGAGGAGAUCGAGCAGCUGCUCGGCGGCGACGGGGAGCGCCGCUGCGCCUACUUCGAGAUCUCGGCCAAGAAGAACAUCAACGUGGACCGGAUGUUCCAGACGCUGUUCGCCAUGGCCAAGCUGCCGGACGAGAUGAGCCCCGACCGGCACUGCAAGGUGUCCUUGCAGUCGUGCGAGCUACUGCACCGAAAGUCCUUCCGCGCCAAGAAGUGCAAGGACGCCUAUGGCAUCGUGGCGCCGUUCGCGCGAAGGCCCAGCGUCCACAGUGACUUGAUGUACAUCAAGGAGAAGGCCGUGGGAGGGGGUCAGGCGAAGGAGAAAGGUUGCGUCAUAUGCUGACCACGCCGUGGACAGGGCCGACAACAACACUGGACAGAUGAAGUCGCGCAACUGCGGGACCAACACGGACUGGGACGAAGGUUCCUCGACUCGGCCUCGGCUGACUUUGUUUACAUGCCCCGGCAGACUUGGAUGUUUGGUACACGACGAACAAAACUCAAUGUGCAUUUAUUUAUUUCGUUGUCUGUCAUUUUUUGCAUCAAAGAAUUAAAACAAAAAAAAGUUACUUUCA